AUUCUGUUUAUUACAAAUCUUAAGUUAUAAAGUGUGUUCUCUAAAGAAUCUAAUACGAAUAAGGCAACACUCGUAAAUAACAUUUUACUUAAUAAGUUACGUCUGAGCGUAAAACUCCUUUGCUUUUCGGAUGAAGCCAUUUUGGUAGAGUAUCAAUGACAGUUGUAUUUCUUUGUGUCCGUCAAAUUUGUCAAUUCUUUUAUAAUAUUGCUUUUUAAUAGUUUAUUCUAUUAAAAAGCAAUAUUAAAAAAGGAAUUUUUGAAACACCAUCUUCAUGUAUCUCAUGCCCACAGUUCUAGUGACAGUGAUUUUAUAAGUUUGUGUGUCGUGUAUGGAGUACUAACUAUUGUUUGUUUACUGCACUUGCAUUGAGAUGGAGGGAGCUGCUGAGGCUAAAACAGAGUCAGGCUCGGAGAGUGAAGCUGCGAAGGGACCUUGCACUGAAGCGUCGGGAACUGAGUUGUCGUCGGUUAAAGAAGAGUCGAUUGCGGAUACACAGUCCUCCCAGGUUAUAAAAGAGGAGUCUUUUGCGGAUACUCAGUCGGCCCCAGCCCCGGAUACAAAGGAGGAGUCAGCCCCGGAAACAAAAGCGGAACCGGCCCCGGAUACAAAAGUAGAGUCGGUCGCAGAGCCAGAGACAAAAGCGAGCACGGCGGACACCUGUUCUGAAGACCAGUGUCAGAUUCCCAGGUAAACCGACAUCUAUGAGAUAAAUGCAGAAUUAAAACAGGCUUCAACCCCAGCGAUCUACUUGUACAGAGGUCAGUCCCCGCACCGUGCGUGAUUCGUAAAGUGUUUCCUAGAGGGCGCUGUGAGUAGCUAAGCAUACUUUGAUGUGUGUGAGAUAUUUCUUAAUUAUAUAGAUAAUUAAAAAUUAUAUU